AUGUCCAAACAUCCAGCCUAUCUGCUGAUUCCAUUUGUCCUGCUUUUCCACAACAGACCAGUGCGCUCAGACACCACUUCAUCCACUUUAUUGGUUAUCGAACCAGAACGUGAACCUGAAUCUGAGCAUGAACCUGAACUUGAGCUUGAACUUAAAUCUGAGCAUGAACCUGAACUUGAACUUGAACCCGCACCUGAUUAUGUUAUAACCACAAGCCAAUGCUAUGAUGGUAAUCGCGGCAAGUGCGAUUGCAAUGAAAUAUGGAUUGAUUGUGAACUGUAUGGCAAUGCGGGAUCUGUGUACUAUUACAACCAUGUUGCUAAAUCUAUUUUCGAAAUAGCGUGCACAGGGGAGUCGAGCGAUAUUAAUUCCCUUCUCGAACACGUGCCAAGCGUAAAUUUAUAUGAUGAGACAACAUUUAAACUCUACAACUGUUCGAGUAUACCGGAUAUGCUGCGCCGUGAAAAUAUUAUCUAUGAUGCGCACAUAGCAUUCGAGACGUUGAUACCACCAGAGUUUUUUUGGAAAUCCCACAACAUACAAAGGUUGGCUAUAACCUAUGGAAAUGUCUUUAAUACGCUGCCUUCCGAGCUUUUUCGUAAGCUCGAUAAGUUGAAAUACUUACUUAUACAUAUAGUAGGUUGCGGCGUCGGGAAUAUAAAACUUCCUACGGGUAUCUUUGAUAGCCUCGCAAAUUUGCAAUCGCUAAAACUGGCAGUAAUUCAACAACGCUUCGAAUAUCCAUGUUUUAUGGAACUUACAAGCGAACAUUUUCGGAACUUAAGCGCUUUGAGGAGUCUUGAUUUAGCUGCAAAUCAUUUAAUCACGCUGCACGUAGAUAUUUUCUCAACACUUGCGCAGUUGAACUACUUGAACUUGAGCCGAAAUGAGUUGCAUGAGCUGCCGCCAAAAUUAUUAGUAGCUCAACGAAAGCUUUUGGUGCUCGAUCUCAGCAGCAAUUUGUUGGAGUAUUUACCAGCUGGCCUAUUCGAUGCCACACAUAUUCUAUGGCAACUGAUACUGGCUAACAACUACCUGAGCAAUCCUUCAAAUAUCAUCGGAGGCAUUAAGCCAUUGCACUAUUUAUACAGACUAGACUUGGGCUAUAACGACUUGGCGUCGCUCACGGGCGCUGGUCACUUCGGCAAUGAUACACUGCUAAGCAGCUUCGUACACACUGACGGCAGCAGCUUGUUAGAGUUAAUCGAGAAUCUAGAUUUUAUUUUUAACUUGCCUCAAAUGGAAAAACAGGACCGUCGACACAAUCUCACCUUGAUCAAUUUAAGCCACAAUCAAAUAACACAAUUUGAUAUGGAUUGGACUAGUGCAAGCUACAUAACAUGCCCGUUCAAACUUGAUUUGUCACACAAUAAUAUUAGCCAGGUCUACGCCUUAUCGCCUCAUAUAUUUAAAGGGCACGCAGGCUGCAAAGAGUCAAUUAAGUUGACGCACAAUCCGCUAAAGUGCGACUGCAAAUUAGCCUGGAUAUUCAAGAGCGAAUACCUUUCCGAUAGGGAUGAAUUGCAAUGCGUAGCCACAAACCCUUCAAAUCAGAAUGGCUACUCACUUACGCCACCUCCAGCUGCUGCGCUCUGCAUCUGGCAGCCAGCUUUUUGUCCCACGGCCUGUGUUUGUGUCAGACAUACCGCAAUGCUACACAUCAACUGUGCGGCUGCAAAGAUGCAGGAAAUUGCCAGAUUACCGCGUCCAGAAGAGUUUGCGCUCAACUAUUCAACGCUCGUCAUUAGUUAUAAUGAGUUUAGAGAACUACCCGCGAACACAUCCUUCGGCUACGGCAAUGUAACGCAACUUAAUGCCUCGCAUAAUCAAAUCACUACCCUACUACCUUCCCGAUUGCCGCCCAAUUUGACUGUGCUGGAUGUGCGUUACAAUCGCUUGGCGCGUUUGAGUGAUCCCUUCCUGCUUGCAUAUCUCAAUGAAAGUGAAAGUCUGCAGCAGCUAUACCUUGCGGGGAAUCCUUGGCAGUGUGACUGUGGUGCUGAGCAAAUGCUGCGCGCUGUGCGCAUUCAUCGCACACGCAUAUGCGAUGUGGAAAAUUUGCGUUGCGCGAAUCGUAGAAAUGCCACACUCUUAAAUGUCGUUUUCGCCGAUAUUUGCAAGACUGGCGCCCCAGCGCCAAGCACCAGUUUAAUAAGUAUACGUUCCAAUGUCGCGCUUGCAGUUAUUGUAUUGCUCGCUCUCAUUGCUGUGUACUACAAAUACAAAUUGCAGAUACAUGUCUGGUUGUAUAGCCACAAGCUUUGCUUGUGUUGCAUCAAUGAAUGUGAACUGGACAAGGAUAAGGCAUUUGAUGCCUUCAUUUCAUAUGCUCAUCGAGAUGAGCACUUUGUCAACCAUACGCUGCUGCCGCAACUCGAGCAGGGCGAUCCGCAAUUCCGCGUCUGUACGCACGAACACAAUUGGCUCGCUGGCGCUUAUAUACCCGAACAAAUUAUUGAGUCUGUUGCACAAUCGUGCCGCACAAUUAUUGUGCUUUCGCAGCAUUUCAUGGAAUCGGAUUGGGGACGCAUGGAGUUUCGCACGGCGCAUCAAUACUCGUUGGAUGAGGGGCGUGCGCGUAUAAUUAUCAUAAAAUAUGGUGAGAUUUCCAAUAGUGAUUUAUUGGAUAGAGAGUUGAAGGCAUAUUUGGAUAUGAAUACCUAUCUGGACUGGCAAGAUGCUUGGUUUUGGCAGAAAUUACGGUAUGCAAUGCCACACAAGAAAGGUGAAGUCGGAAAUGCAGGAAUGCUUGAGUUGAAGAAGAGGGUUUAUGUGAUGGGGCAAGUUGAGAUGAAUCAGUUGCGUGGGGGACGAAAUUGA